AGUGGGAGUGGCGUCAGAGGUCAUCCCUCGAAACUUGGUAUAUAAAGAGCAUUACCUCUGACCAAACCACAUUCGAACUCCGAAGGAACCACCGAAAUGUUCAAGAAGGUAGUUUUAUUCUGCUUGGCCAUUACCACUCUGGCCAGCCGACACAGGAUUAUAGCACCUUCUGGAUAUGGGUACUCUGCUCCCAAGCAUUCUCUCUCUAAUGCUCCACAUGCCCCAGCCUAUGAGGCUCCCGAACCUUCCUACUCUGCCCCUAAAACAUCCUACCACGCUCCUUCCGAUGAGGAAGAAGAUGAAGAAGGAAAGCCCUUUGAAUUCGAGUAUGCCGUCACAGACCAUUACAAUGGCCUCGACUUCGGCCACAACGAAAACUCAGACGGGACGGUCGUCAGCGGUCAGUACCACGUCCUCCUCCCCGACGGUCGCACUCAGACCGUCACUUACACCGCCGAUCACGACAACGGCUACCAGGCUGAGGUCACUUACGAGGGCGAGGCAGAGUACCCAGAACCCCUCCCCUACCACCCUGCCCCACCCUCUUACCACGCACCACCUCACUCUUAUUCAGCCCCGGAACAUUCGUAUUCAGCCCCAGCUCAUUCACACUCAGCCCCAUCUCGUACUUAUGGAUAACCACAUGGAAAUCCACAACUCCAGGAACUGAAAUGUGCUUCUGGCAUAUACACAGAUAUUUGUGCACAACUGGUGUUUACUUUCCAAAAUAAAAAUGUU